UACAUCCGGAGAGCGGACAGUAAACGACUGAGGGAUGUUUUCGACAAAUACGCUUCCGUGGAGAAAAACGGGGAACGAUUCAUGACCGCUCAUGAUUUCGUAAUCAAGUUCCUUGGAUUACUGCCCGAGCAGAAUGCAAACAAAAAAAGCUUGACUCUCCUCGGAAACAUUCUCGACACAUCCAAAGAUGGCCUCAUCUCCUUCCGGGAAUUCGAAGCCUACGAAGGCAUCCUGUGCCAUCCCGAAGCUGUAUAUAGGACCGCCUUCCAACUGUUCGACACGGAUGGAUCCGGCCACGUCACGGAAAACGAAUUCGAACAAAUUAUCAAGCAUACUACCCUACACGAGAAGAUCCCCUUCGAUUUCAACUCCGACUUUGUUGUCCUGCAUUUUGGAGGUGACCGGAAGAGAACGGUCACAUAUGCUGAGUUUUCUCAGGUUCUUCAAGACUUCCACGAAGAGCAUGCGGUGCAAGCUUUCAAGAAGUAUGAUAAGAAGAAAACGGGUGCUAUCACGUCGAUGGAUUUCACCGACAUCAUGCUCAGUUGUAAAUCGCAUCUCUUGUCGGAGGACGUCAAGAAGAACCUCGUCGCAGUUGCCGCCUCCGAACACGGAGGUCAUAAGGUGUCGUUCCCGUACUUUAUGGCCUUCAAUUCCCUCCUCGAUAACAUGGAACUCGUGAAGAAGAUCUAUUUACACUUCACGAAGGGCGAUUUGCGCACUGAGAUGACCAAGGAAGAGUUCGCCGCCUGUUCUCAACAAAUGUCCCACAUGACACCUCUCGAAAUCGAUAUUCUAUUCAAUCUGUGCGGGUUUCUCAGCAACAGUAGCGGCCGUAUUACAUACAGUGAUCUCGAGAAGGUGGCUCCCUACAGACCCACCAAGGCAGUCCUCAUGAGACCCAUUGCGGAGGUUAAAGCUGUUGAGAAACCCGAAGAUCGAGGACUUGGUAUCCAGGUCCUGGAAAGUGCCUAUCGUUUUCUCUUGGGUUCGAUCGCCGGGGCCUGUGGAGCUACCGUAGUGUACCCGAUAGAUCUCGUUAAAACUCGUAUGCAAAAUCAGAGGAGCGGCUCAAUCGUCGGUGAAAUCAUGUAUCGCAACAGUUUCGACUGCGCUAAGAAGGUCCUCCGACACGAAGGCUUGCUUGGUUUCUAUCGAGGCCUCCUACCUCAAUUAGUCGGAGUAGCGCCGGAAAAAGCCAUCAAAUUAACGAUGAACGACCUUGUGCGGGACAAGUUCACGGACGAGAGAGGGAAUAUCCCGCUUUGGGCCGAAAUGCUCGCUGGUGGCACGGCCGGUGGUUCUCAAGUGAUGUUCACAAACCCGUUGGAGAUCGUGAAAAUCAGAUUGCAAGUUGCGGGUGAAGUUGUCGGUGGGCCCAAAGUGUCCGCGUUGGGGGUCAUCCGCGAACUGGGCCUCACGGGUUUAUAUAAGGGAUCGCGAGCCUGUUUCCUCAGGGAUAUACCUUUUUCCAUGAUCUACUUCCCCGUUUAUGCGCAUAUGAAGCUCAACUCUCAGGACAGUGAAGGUCGGAACUCCCCGUUGAGUCUUCUUGGGUCGGCAUUCAUCGCCGGAGUCCCCGCCGCGUACCUAGUAACCCCCGCCGACGUGAUUAAGACUCGACUUCAAGUGGCCGCACGAGCCGGGCAAACGACGUACAGCGGCGUUUUAGAUGCGUGCAGGAAAAUUUACGCCGAAGAAGGCUUCAAUGCUUUUUGGAAGGGUGGUCCAGCUCGAGUCUUCCGUUCCUCGCCACAGUUCGGCUUCACCCUCCUGACAUACGAAGUUCUUCAGCGACUCUUCUACGUUGACUUCGGAGGACGCCGACCUACAGGCUCAGAGAGCAAUCCGGUCGGUGACAAGCUCGUGUCUCGAAACCCAGACCAUGUCGGCGGGUACAAGAUGGGCCUGACGACCUUCCAGGGUGUUGAAUCUAAAUUCGGCCUUUUCUUGCCGAAAUUCGGCUAAGUUGUCUGCCACCGUUUCCGUCUCGAUCGGGACCUUCACAUAGAGGGAUGAGGGAUGACACCGACGUCGAUUAUCAGAUCUUUGGGUUUGAGAGAAGCUGACAGCGGUAGCUCCACGAGUGAGAUCUUCUAGCUCACGGGACAAGGUUCCGAAACCUCUGAAAGCUCCUAACUGGUCACAGGGAUUCAAGAAUACAGCGAAAGAUAUUCGGUCGGCGAUCUCUGAACGGAUCUUGCUGUCAAUUCGCGUUAGCGCGACAGAAAAUCCGUUUGAAAGAUUCAGAUCGCAAUAAUGAUUUUCUGGAGGUCCUUCGUUGUGCAGGACGGAGGUGGUCUCUGUGAUGCCUUUCAAGUCGAGAUCAUCGUUUUCGCCGCUGUUGCCUAAUGACCGAAUCUGUUAUGAACUUUUACAUUGUUCGUAUGCAUUUUCCGCAUACCACUUCAUGAGACGCCCACGAGUUAGGAAACAAGUACAAGUGUGUUAGAUUAUGCGCAAGGAACGAAUGUGAUGGAAUGACAACUGGAAAAUUGAAGUGAAGAAUCCGGGAUAGAAAUAAUUUUGAGAACUCAGAGAAACGAAUGAAGCCAUGGACCGCUCCCGAAACGAA